UGCCUUUCCCACCCAAAAUUACAUUGAGGUCGUCAUUAGAUCCUUACUGCAAACGCACAGGUCUCUCCAAAACUUCCACAACGUACAGAUGCCGUCAGACUGCUCGUCGGACCUCUCGCAAAUUACGCCGAAUCUCUUUUUGAGUGGCGUGGGGCCAGCGCAGAAUCUGACAUUGCUGAAGGAAAACUCUAUUACACACAUUCUUGGUAUUGGCCUCCGACUUCAACCAAAAUUCCCCAACGAGGUUACAUACAAGCAUGUAAGCUUGGAGGAUGACCCACAGGUGAAUAUUAUGCGAUAUUUCCCGGACACCUAUCGGUUUAUAGAUGAGGCUGUAAAGGCCAAUGGGCGUGUUCUAGUGCAUUGCGUUGCGGGGAUUUCACGUUCGGCGACGAUAGUGAUCGCAUACUUUAUGAAAAGCGAAGGCAUCGGUUUAUAUGAAGCCCAAAUGAAAGUGAAGAGUAAGCGACGAAUUAUUCAUCCGAAUUCGGGUUUCGUCAAGCAACUAAAACUGUUCGAGGCAAUGCGGUGCGAACUCGACAUGUCCCAUCAACCAUACCGACAGUUUCUAACGACCAAAACUGCACAAGAGAAAACGGGGAAAUUCCUCAUGGAUGACUCCGAGCACGCGAGCAUAUCAACUCUCGAAACGUCAACCAAUUCGACCACAAGCUCACACCCCGAUCCAUCUGACGAUCGGAAGCCUACAAGCGCACGCCGUCUGAGAUGCAAGAAGUGUCGUGCCGACCUUUUGUCUGAUAAGCAGCUAGUUGAGCACGAAUCCGGCGCCGGACAGGCUGCAUUCGGAUAUCGCAAGCGUGCUAUGACAUUGACACCAACAGUCUCUCAGUGCGCAUCGUACCAUAUCGAACCAGUGGAAUGGAUAAAGGGUGUAAACGAUGGAGAACUGGAAGGCAAAAUUGUCUGUCCUAACCCAAAGUGUGAGGCGAAACUCGGAGCUUGGAGUUGGGCUGGAGCUCCUUGUUCGUGCGGAGCAUGGGUAGCGCCAUCGUUCAGCAUACAUCGGAACAAAGUGGAUGAAUCAUUCUCUGUGCCAGCAGAAUGAGAAACUUUGCGAGACAUUUGUUUCCGCGGUGGUUUUCGAAACGACCGCAAACGGCACCCAUGAUGCACCGUGUCACGCAAUUCGCUUUGACAGACGGGUGGUUGAGAGGAAGACAAUCCGCAGCCCACAGGAUUUGCUGGCUUUUGACUGCAACAACCGGCAGGAAGCAGUAAACCAGGAAUUGAUCACUGAAGGGCUUCCAUGUAGGAAUGGUAUUGUUUGUACAAAAUCCUGGACACCUGCUACGCUAUAGUAUAGAUUUUAUGGAGACCGAGACGCUGUCACACACCAUUGUAUAAUAGGUCACAAAACAUGCAUGGGGCAGGACAAUAAUCAAAAUAUAUAUUAGAAACAUA